AUGCCCCAGAAUCUGGAAACCAGUUUUGACCAUUGGUGGAGCUCUAGUGAGGGGCCGGGGCCACAUGAUAUGCUUUUGGUGCCAAAGAAGGAUUAUUUUGAGCAUAAGAGGCAAGAAAGCAGGAUUUUGAGUGUGAAAAAUAAGGUGCACGAAGUUAUUGUUGUGAAAUUUGAUAAUGUCCUGAUUUGUGCCGGCACUAUCCGAAUUGCGGAUCUUGGCUGCGCCAUUGGACCUAACACAUUUUAUAUCAUGCAAACAAUUGUGGAUGGCAUGGCAUUAAAAGCUAGGGAGCUGCUAGCAAGUGGUGAAGGAGAGAAGCUAGAAAUCCAACAUGGAAAAGUCGUAGAAGGAGAUGAAGCAGCAAGGUUGUGGAGACCAGACAAGCGUAAGAGGUUCCUUUCGAAGCCAAAACUCGGGCGACUUUUCCGGCGGCUUCUCCCCCAUAUUUCCUGUGGAAAGCCAACUGCCAGUCCAGCCGGAAUCUUCCCUGGUCUUUGCCGAGCAACUCACAGCAGUGGGUGGGCAAUCAUUGGUGGAAGCGCACACCUGCAGAGGCCGAGCAACUCGUUAAGGGCAAUCGCAGUAGUAGAACUCUAUAGUCUUGAGAAUUUAUCACACUGGCACUCCAAAGCUCCUGGUGGUGCAGGCAACAAGGGGAGGGUGCACUGUUACGGCGGUGGUUGGGACGAUUUGAAUGCUUAUAUUCCGGAGUUCAAGUCAGACGCGAUGGCAUUUGUAAGUGCAAGGACGGAGGAACUGGUGACGGGAGGACUACUCAUUCUGCAAUUUUUAUGUCGCCAUGAAUGGAUGGCAACUGAUGUGGCAAGUUACGAUCUAUGGACAGAAUACCUCGGGCCCAUUCUCAGAUAAUUUGUUCACCAGGUAUGUCCCAAUCAGUCUUGUGUAUAUGUUUGAGGGAUUCGUUUGAGAGUCAUUUCUUCAAAGUUGUGACUUUUUCAGGCUUAGAGUUUCUUAUAAAAUUCUCUUACACAAUAGUCACGUCGUGGCAGUGGCGGAACCAAGGUGGAACCAAAAAAAUUUGUUGGAGGGAGGGGCACUGUUUGAAGAUUUUUAUAUCCAAAUGGGCACUCAUUUAUGUAAGGAUAUAUUUAAAGUAAUUUAAAGAUGUUUAAUGUGAAAAUAAAGAAACAUUGAGGGGGGCCGGCUAAGAGGCAUUACUAAUAAAUUUCAAGUUUCUAAAAUUUCAAUUUUCUAAAGGGCAUCAACAUAUAAACGAGAAAAUUUGUUUUGAUGUGUCAAUAUAAAAAUAAGCACUCCUUGUAGGUUUGUGUGGGUAAUUGCCUACAAGUUAGCCACACCUGCCUCCACCCAUGCGACCUUCGUGUGUUAAUCUAAUGGUUGGUUAUAAUGAUCAUUGAUGCUUAGUUUGGUUUCGAGCGUAUUGUAGUUCGUAUGGUCAAGGAAAUGAUUUGAAUUUUCAAUGUUUAGUUGCUUUCAGUACCUUUAUCUUG